GAGAAUUCACGCCUCGAGUCUCUAAUUCGCGGCUUACAAGAGGCUGCCUUGAAGUCCUUGAAUAAGAAGGGCCCUAUGCCCAUGGAGGAUCAUACCAUUCGAGAUCAGCUGGAUGCGUUGCAGGAUCAGAUUCGCUGCUGGACAAGGAAAUACAGUGUCCCCGCUCUGGCCGAUCUGGACCAGAUUUCCGAGCCUUCCAAAACUGGAAUUCUGGACUCGUUAGAGGGUUUCUGUGCCACCACCUACUGGAGCUCGCUAGUGGAGAGCCUGGCAACCUGGAAAGACAGGAUCCCGGCUCUUCUCCUUCAAGCAUUGAUCGCCAAGGAUAUUCUUGCUCCAAUGUUCAGAGACCCAUUCUUUGUUUGGGAUGGAUUCAGUGAGCGGUCCGAUAUGUCUGGAGCGAUGAAAAUGAAAAACCUCUACGACACCAUGGAGCAAGCAGUCGACAAGGCAGAAGCCCAUGCAUGGCGCUCACACAUGCUGCGGAUCCUGUCGACUGACGCUCGACCUGGCAUGGAUCGACUGUCCGUGGAGGCCAGAAACAGGGAAAACAUGCUGAUAUCCAUGUUCCUAGAGUCAGAGGGCUUCGUGCACCUUUUACGCCCAACUAAUAAUGUCAAUGAGAUAGACGGGCGCUACAAAGAACUCGAAGCAUUGUACCAGAACGCAAGCGAUUUGGCGUUAUCACUAUGGAAGAUGGGUACCGAUAUGAACUAUGUCGACCAAAGCGAUACUCCCAAGUUCGAUAUUUCUAACACGAUGAUGUCUGCUCACCGGUUGCACAAAUUAGACGAGAACGACCAUAGGCUGGAUGGCAUGAAUGUCUUACUCUGUGUUCAGCCGGCGAUAGUGGCCUACGGAAGCGAGAAUGAAGAGCCCUAUGACCAACCCAAGGUGUGGGCGAGAUCAGUUAUGUUGAUUGAU